UCCAUUUUAUUUUCUUCUACAGUCAACAGGGGCAUUUAUCGCAGCAUCCAGAUAUGCGAGUGCUACGCAUAUACCAUCUUCUGUUAUUAGCCGAGGAAUCGGCUGGCUGGGAUUUGGCAUUUUCCUGGACUGUUUAUUUGGCACUGGAAUCGGAUCAACCGUAUCAGUGUAAUGCUGCUAACCUUCUGAAGAAACAAAUAAAUCAACUAAGCAUUCUGAAUGCUUAUAUUAGCAUGUACUUCUGCUGGUCUGGGCUUACUGCAAUAUUGCAACCUCAACAGCUUCAGAACAAAGUUCAUUUUAGGCUUUUCUUUCUUCAUGGGGCUUUCGGUCUGGGCGCGGUCCUGUUCACGCUCAUUCCGUGUGGUUCAACAAAAUGGUUCUUGUCUUCUUCACGUCCCCGGCCGUGGGGCAGGUUGCGUAGCCAUAUUUCUCGACCUUACUCUUGCGCGCAAGCAUGCCAACACUAG